GAUGUUAUUUGACUUCAUCAGUGGGUGGUCAGCUGACUAGUCUUGUGAUUGGGGUCCUGGGCUGAUAAAAUCAUUCCAAAUGACGAGCACACUGAUAAAGACAUCCGAUGAGGACCGAGAGUCCAAAUUCGGCUUCGUAUUUGCCGUAUCGGGACCUGUGGUGACAGCAGAACGGAUGGCCGGUUCUGCUAUGUACGAACUGGUGCGUGUUGGUUAUUAUGAACUGGUUGGAGAAAUCAUCCGGUUGGAGGGUGACAUGGCAACAAUCCAAGUAUAUGAAGACACCUCAGGUGUGACAGUAGGUGACCCUGUGCUGCGCACAGGCAAGCCGCUAUCGGUGGAACUUGGGCCCGGUAUCAUGGGCAGCAUCUUUGAUGGUAUCCAGCGUCCACUGAAGGACAUCAAUGAACUGUCGAAUAGUAUUUACAUCCCAAAAGGUGUCAACGUACCUGCCCUCAGCCGCACUGCACAGUGGGAUUUUAGCCCCGUCAGUGUUAAGAUUGGGAGCCACAUUACUGGUGGUGACCUGUAUGGUUUGGUCCAUGAAAAUACUCUGGUGAAACACAAGUUGCUGCUGCCACCUCGUGCCAAAGGAACUGUCACAUACAUUGCAGAACCUGGAAAUUAUACAGUUGAUGAUAUUGUUCUGGAGACAGAGUUUGAUGGUGAGAGAUCGAAGUUCACCAUGCUGCAAGUGUGGCCUGUACGUCAGCCCAGGCCUGUUACAGAAAAGCUGCCAGCCAACUACCCACUCCUUACUGGUCAACGUGUGCUUGACUCUCUAUUCCCGUGUGUCCAGGGUGGAACAACGGCUAUUCCUGGGGCCUUUGGUUGUGGCAAAACUGUAAUUUCACAGUCAUUGUCAAAAUACUCAAACUCUGAUGUAAUUAUUUACGUAGGUUGUGGGGAGCGAGGUAAUGAGAUGUCUGAGGUACUCAGGGACUUCCCUGAGUUGUCAGUGGAGAUUGAUGGUGUGACUGAGUCUAUCAUGAAGAGAACAGCGCUGGUUGCAAACACGUCUAACAUGCCUGUCGCUGCCCGAGAAGCAUCUAUCUACACAGGCAUUACACUGUCAGAAUAUUUCAGAGACAUGGGUUACAACGUAUCUAUGAUGGCUGACUCAACAUCACGUUGGGCUGAAGCUCUUCGAGAAAUCUCAGGUCGAUUGGCUGAAAUGCCUGCAGACAGUGGUUACCCUGCCUACUUAGGUGCACGACUUGCAAGUUUCUAUGAGCGUGCAGGUCGUGUGAAAUGCUUAGGUAACCCAGACCGAGAGGGCUCUGUGAGUAUUGUAGGAGCUGUGUCGCCACCUGGUGGAGACUUCUCAGAUCCCGUAACAACGGCCACACUGGGUAUUGUCCAGGUGUUCUGGGGUCUCGACAAGAAACUUGCCCAGCGAAAGCACUUCCCGUCCAUCAACUGGCUCAUCUCGUACAGUAAAUACAUGCGUGCUCUGGAUGACUUCUACGACAAGAACUUCCCUGAGUUUGUGCCAUUGCGUACAAAGGUGAAAGAGAUUCUACAAGAGGAAGAAGAUCUGUCUGAAAUUGUACAACUGGUUGGUAAAGCAUCCUUGGCAGAAACUGACAAGAUUACACUUGAGGUGGCCAAACUAUUGAAGGAUGACUUCUUGCAGCAGAACAGUUACUCACCAUAUGAUCGUUUCUGCCCAUUCUACAAGACAGUAGGCAUGUUGAAAAACAUGAUUGCUUUCUAUGACAUGUCUCGGCAUGCAGUUGAAUCUACUGCUCAGAGUGAGAACAAGAUCACUUGGAAUGUUAUCAGAGAUUCUAUGGGCAACAUUCUGUAUCAGCUUUCAUCUAUGAAAUUCAAGGACCCAGUUAAGGAUGGAGAAGCGAAGAUCAAGGCAGACUUUGAGCAACUUCACGAAGACAUUCAGCAGUCCUUCAGGAACCUGGAGGAUUAAAGUGGUAGCUGCCUGCAAUUCACUUGGUGCAGUUGUCUCCUUCGGUAGCCUCUCUAGGACUGCCAAGUGGCAUGGUUGCUCAACAUCUAAGCAUUCCUUUGCCCCAUAAGAACUACAGCAGAUGGAAUUUCAGUUUGACUGGUUUCAUUGGUGCUAAGGUUAUGUUGUGCCCAUUUCUGCUUCUCACAUUCCAGCAGAGAAGAAUUUACUUCCAUUUUCUUUCGUUUUCCUUCUUCCUGCUUUUAAGUGUCAGUAUGGAGGUAACAUAAAUUAUAAAUCCCAUUUAACUGUGUGUGCUGCAGUCCUGUAAAUUUAUUUGCCCCUCUAAAUCCCUUCUGUGUGUAACAUGAGAUUGCCAUCUGUAUGUAUGUAUGUACACACCAUACUGCAGUAUUUGAAAUCAGUUAGAAGAUAAAUCACAUCACUUACUCAUUGUUUCACAUAGCAUGCGUGCAAACUGCCAUCAAUUUUCGUAUUUAUUUGAAUAGUUCUCACAUUUGCAGUGUUGCAGAUUCUUUUAAUUAUUAUCCCAUUGAGACUGAGUCAAUCCUGCAGUUGUAACUCAUAUUUACACACACAUUUAAGUGUUACAAAAAUAAAGAAAAAUAAUUGUUGUAUAUUGAAAGUACAAGGAACAAAGUUGCAUUUAAAAUUGUUAAUGUAUUUUAUAUUUCUCCAUAGACACAAAGUUAAUUCAGUUGGCUUAAUGGAGAUGUGUGUAAACCUGACAUAGCAGUUUGUGCACAAAGUGUGUAUAUGUGAAGUGGAGAUGGUUUCUAAUUUGCUGAUUGAUUGCCAGUAUUAAUUUAAACAACUGUAGUUGUGGGAUGUAGUGGGAAGAUAUUUUUUCCAUAAAAUUGGUGGAUGUAUGUGUCAGAUAUUGGUUGCAUGUGUAAAAAUAGUGAUCCCAGUAACUGUAAAGCUUUAGAAUAGCAGGGUACAGUUACUGACUGUAUAGUUGUACAGGUGUUGUUACUUUUAAGAAUUUAUUGACACAAAGGUGAAAGUCUAUUAUUGUAUUGUAAUGUUUAUAGCAUUUAAGGUUUAAAAAAUCCUAUUUCUGUGUAUAAAUGUUACCAUUCCUCACGAAACAUAACUGUGUAGAAAUACGGUCAACUUCAUGUUCAUUUGCAUUUCACUGUUGUCACAUGAAUAAAUUAUCCAACAUGAUCACAA